AUGUUGCUUACCAUUUUGAACAAACUCGAUAAUGUUGAUGUAUUAUAUUCACUGAAAGGAGUCAAUCAAAAAUUUGAUAGAUUGGCUCGAAGUAUUGACUUUACACAACCUCUUGAUCUUACAACAAUAUCAUCAUAUGAAGAUGAUUACUCAAAAAUUAAAUCAAUGUUCGAUCGACUCUGUUUUUAUAUAUUACCUCAAAUUCAACACAAUGUUCAAUGUCUUACUCUUGAUCCUUGGUCAAUGAUUAGUGUUCUUUCUAUUGGAAAUUAUCCUAAACUUCAUAAACUUACUCUUAUUCAUCAUAAAGUUGAAAUAGCUGAUCGUAUUUUCUGUACCAAUUCAUCAUUUGUUUCCAUAUUUCAACAUCAGAUCUGA